AUGCGCCACGCCUCGCCGCCGCAGGAGCUCCCCGCCGCCGGGGGCGAGAUCCAGGCGGCGCUGGCCCCCGCCACCGCCUCCUCCGCCCGCGCGGGCGCCCGCAGAGGCGGAGGCGGCGGCUCCUUCACGGCGCUGCUGGGCCUCCCCACCUCGCAGGCCAUCGAGCUGCUCCUCCCCGCACGGCGCCGCCGCCCGCCCCAGCCCCCCAGCCCCAGCCCCAGCCCCGCCGCAGCGCCCGCGCCAGCCUUCCUCCGACCCGCACCUCGUGGACCGCGCCGCGCGCUUCUCCACGGGAAGGCGGCGAAGAAGGGGAAGACAGCGGAGGAGAAGCCCGCGGGCGGCGACGGCGACGGCGAGAAGCCGGCGUACGUGCACGUGCGGGCCAGGCGGGGCCAGGCCACGGACAGCCACAGCCUCGCCGAGCGGGCGAGACGCGAGAAGAUCAAUGCGAGGAUGGAGCUGCUCAAGGAGCUGGUCCCCGGCUGCAGUAAGGUAUCAGGAACAGCACUGGUGCUAGAUGAGAUCAUCAAUCAUGUUCAGUCUCUCCAAAGGCAAGUUGAGUACUUGUCAAUGAGGCUCGCAGCUGUAAACCCAAGGGUCGAUUUUGGUGGGCUAGAUAGCUUUCUGACCACGGAGUGUGGAAGGAUAGCAGGCUUCAACUGCAAGAACGGAAUCGACUUGGAGCAGGUAACCUGGCCAGAAAUGGGUGUUCAUGGAGCAAGGCAGCUGAUGCAACUUCAACAGCAGUUCUGGCAUGGUGAUUUAGCACAUCCACACCAAGUGGCUUCACAGUGGGAAAAGCGGGGGGACGGCCAUCCUCCCGUCUUUAGCAACUCCAAUCCCUCUCUCUUCGGCUAUGAUCUAACAAGCUCUGGUAAAUCUUUCACGCAGUCCUAUAUCUUCCUGACUGAAUUUAGUUGUUUGUCUCUUACUUCACAUAUCUCAGCCUGGCUUGGCCCACGACUUUUGUCUCUUACUUUGUCCUGCCAGCACUCUCUUGAGAAGAAAAUGUACAGAUAG